GUCCUUUGAUCUUACACGCCGCCGCUUCCUCCGAGUCCCUAAGUUAAUUACCGCGAUGGCAGCCAUGAGCACGACGAUGGCGGCCUUGGUGGGAGCCUCUGCGUCGUCUGCUUUUGGUGCUGUCAUUCGCGAAGGUUGGGUGCUAAAGAAACGCAGAAAGAAGAUGCAAGGCUUCGCCCGUAGAUACUUCACGCUGUACCAAUCUGGGAUACUGGUCUAUGCAUUCGACCGCGACCAGCCUAUCCGCGACCAAGUUUCCCUGCACCAUUCCGCAGUCUCAACGGCCCCCGGGCGCAAAGACAUUCACAUCGAUUCUACGACUACGUUUCAUAUCAAGUGCCUGAGCACGGAAGAUUUCGAGGCCUGGAUGACUGCGUUCCGCAAGUUCAUACCCACAGCGGAAGCGCGCAAGUCUGCCAGCGUGCGACACAUAACGCGUCAGGGCAGCAUAAGUGUGAACAAGUCUGGCGCAAUUCUCGAAGAGAUGGCAUCGACUUUGGCAGAGCUUGAAGAGGCCAUCCACAGCCUACCUCCAGAGGAUGCUAAGAAGUCACACAGAUCGAAGCAAGAGAAGGAGAGGCUUCGACACGAGAAGGAGAAGUACGAGAAAGUCGACAAGCAUGACAAGCACGACAAGCAUGCUGUGUUUGGCCUCUUCAAGAGAAGCUCCCAGAACUCUUCUAUGCACGACGGCGAUCCUGGGACUGCAUCAGAACCUCUAGAGAGAUCCCCUGUACAACAUAUCUGUGACGUUCUCGAGAGUCUCAAGGCCCAGCACGCAAUGCUUCUCAAAUCUAUCCACACGUUGGCUUUGCUGGAUGUCAAUGCACAAUCACUUAGGGCAUCGCCAAUACUCCCGGCAACGGCAGAAGAGGACGAAGCCCACCCCAUCUGGACACAUUCCCCUGCGACUUCGCUCUUUACCCCACAUCCUGGCAAGCGAAUGUCCAGCAUGACGACGACAACGACCGACAGCGGCGUCGAGUGGUUCGAUGCCGAAAGCGAUGGUGCUGAAGAGUUUGUACUGGAUGUUCCGCCUGCAAUCGAGUCUCAGCAGCCCAGCAAGAUCGUCAACGCCAGCACGGAUAGUCUAGGGCAUUCCAGCAUUGAUACGGAUAUCGCAGAUGAGCCAGAACAGUCGCCGGUCGAGAUCAACCGGAGAGCACAGCUUCCUGCCCGGCCAAUAGGUGAUGAAGGCAGUCUCUUCGCCGUGCUGAAGAAAAAUGUCGGCAAGGAUCUUUCGACCAUCGCCUUCCCCGUGACAUUCAACGAACCAUUGUCACUACUCCAGCGCGCUGCUGAGGAGGUUGAAUACUACGAUCUGUUGAAUCUAGCCGCUGCGAGUCAAGAUUCCGUGGAGAGGUUGUGCUACGUAGCAGCCUUUGCUGUCUCUGGAUAUGCACAUACGCGCUACCGCACCGGGAGAAAGGGAUUCAAUCCAAUGCUGGGCGAGACGUUUGAAGACCCCCGGAUGAAGUUCAUAGCCGAAAAGGUUCGACACCAUCCACUCGAGAUGGCAUAUCACGCUCAGGGCGACCACUGGGAAUUAACCUCCACUUCUGCUGGCAAAACCAAAUUUUGGGGGAAGAGUCUCGAAGUCAUCCCACUCGGCUCAACGAUUGUAGUCAUCGGCGAAGAUCGUUACGAGUGGAAGAAGCCGUCGUCUUUCAUGCGCAAUAUCAUGGUCGGCACCAAGUAUCUCGAGCACGUAGGCAAGAUGGUCAUCGAGAAUACGAAUUCUGGCGAACGAUGCGCCGUGGAGUUCAAACCCAGCGGGUACUUCGGAGCAUCCAAUCUCGUCUCUGCGACUGUCUACGCGGCAUCUGGGAAGACGGUAACGCAUCUAGAAGGCAAAUGGGACGAUCAAAUCUCCCAGCAAUUGGACGACUCACACUUCCGCAUUCUGUGGCGAGUCACGCCGUACCCGAAAGACACCCAGGAAUAUUACGGGUUCACGACAUUUGGGAUUAGCCUGAACGAAGUCACGCGCGAUCUGGAAGGCAGACUUCCACCGACCGACUCGAGGCUUCGGCCGGACAUCCGGGCUCUCGAGGAAGGGAACCUCGAUCUGGCAGAAAGCGAAAAAAGUAGAGUGGAAGAGGCGCAGAGAGAUCGUAGACGCGCAGGACGCGAUACACAGCCAAGGUGGUUCCGACAAGUAGGCGAGGAAUGGGAAUAUGUCGGUGGGUACUGGGAAGCCCGAGCACAAGGAUGGAAGGAUACCGGCCUGCAGCCGCUGUGGUAGUCACUCAUUAAUAGUAAACACAUACCCCGCAAAUCAUCUAAUCUUAAUCUACAUCUCACAUAAUCGGAUCUAUCGGCCUGUCUUCGGC